AUGGAUAAUUUGGCAGUACAAUCGAGGCAAGGGAGGACCAGAGCGCUAUCGGUCAAUACUUAUGAUGAGCAACAGCGGAAUUCGAUGUCAAAUUCUUUAGAUAAGUUAGAAAUGGAUCUUUCUUUAAUUCAAUCACAAUGGAACAGAAUUAUUACUGAUGAUUCUAACCCACUUGAACUGGCAUUGAAGUUUUUGGAUGACACUUCUGUUGGUUUGGGGCAUCGUUUCGAUGAGUUUAACCAAUUGAAAGAAAAAAUUGGAUAUGACUUACAAAAUGCAGUAAAUGAACAUUAUCAAGUUUUCAACACUAACAUAGCUUCAUAUUCAAUUGCUGUCAAUUCGAUUGCGAAUGCUCAGAAUAAUAUUGAAAAUAUCGAAAAUUCUGUUAAAGAAGCAAAUUUGAAAAUUAACCAAGAUAAAGGUUCACUACAAGAACUAAAUGAAUCUACAAUGUCUUACACCAAAAUGAUAGAUACAAUUUCUGCUAUUGAAGAAAUUAUUAGUUUACCAGAAAAAAUGGAGGAUUUCAUAAGAAAAGAAGAAUAUAGAGAGGCUCAAAAACUAUUAAAACGUGCAAUGUUUUUGUCAAAUACGCAUUCUCUUUGGUCAAUAUCAUCAUUGACACCAAUAAAACAACAAAUAGACUUAGCUGAGCAUAAUUUAUUUCAAAAUAUGAUAGAUGAACUACAUGACAUUAUAUAUUCAAAAAAAAGUGCGUCUACUUUCGAUAAUGAAAUUUUAGAGAAAAUCCAUACAUCAAAGUCAGAUUUUACUAGUACGGAGAAUUAUUUAUACACAAUUGUGAGUAUUGAUAUUGACCAACAAUCUGAAAAUAUGAAUAUUAAACUAAAGAACUUUUUAGAAAAUAUUAAAAACUUAAAACCUACAAAAUUAAAUUCAGUAUACAUUGAAGAAGGCACUGAUUACGAUAGAAUCUUCAAUUUAUUAAUCUUAAUAAACUCCUUAGAUAAACUUCCUUUAGCUUUAAGAAUAUUGGUUGAUAGAGCAACUAAAGAGCUACAUGACAUUGUCAUCCAGAGCAGUGAAGAAAUACGUUCGAGAUAUCCUUCGUUAAUGAAAAUUGGUGGCGCUACAUUAGAUAGUAAUUUCGGCAUGUCAAUGAGAAAUCCAAUAUCUAUUAUUAUGCGUGAGUGGUUCUGGAAGAUAUUUGUCAAAAUUCUUUUAGCAGUUCAAAGGCAUAGAGUGAUUUUUGAAUCUGUCUCUGUAUUUCAACAAUUGUUUAACCUUCAUAUUUCAUAUAGGUUUGGUGAUAUUUGGAAAAAAUGUUUAAUAGAAGUGAGAUUAUUAUUGAAUAAGUAUUUGAAUGAUACAACAAUGGAUAAAAAGGCAAUUUUGCACAGAAGAGAUACCAGCCUGGCCAAACCGAUCUCAACAGAACACAUUUUUACCCUACAAAGUAAUCUUCAUGACAAUUCAAUUGCAAAAAAUCAUACAGCUGCUUUGAAGACAUUGUUACAGGAUAUAUUUCCUGGUUUCUCUGUUCCAGGAAAUAUUAAUUUAUCAUCAAUUUAUGUUGAAGAAGAGUCAUAUGAAGAAGAAGAAGCAUUGAUUCAACCUACUGUAUUUAACAUGAGGCUAGCUCUUGAACCCGUCCUGUUGUUUAUUCAAGCUACAUCUAAUAUAAUUCCAUCUGGCCUUUCAGAAGUAACGAAACCAUCAAUGUCCUUUUUAUCUGAAUAUAUGAAAAAAGUUUUCAUUCCAAAGUUCGAGUCCACAUUAUAUGUCAUUUAUGAUAGCAAUGUAUUUUCAAAUAAUCCUUAUGCGUUUGAGUCGAAUAAUGAGAACAAGAAUGUACUAAAGUCAGUGAAUGACUUUUAUACUCUAUUUUGCAAUACCCUUACUGUCAUGAACACCACAUACACUUUCAGAGCAAACAUAUGUUCUGUUAUUAUAAAUAUAUUAGAGAAGUUCCAAAUAUAUUAUGAAAAGUUAUUUCAAACUUUACUGGGUGUUACAAAUGAAAAUUAUACAAGGAAGUUACUCGGAAUUUGGAUGAAUGACGAAGCUUUAAUGGGAACAGAAUUUGAAUAUUUAAAACAUAACGUUUCAUUAAAUGUGAACGAAGCAAAAUUGUUGUUCAGGCAUUGUUCUCAAUUCUAUUACAAGGGUAAUGGUUUGAAAAAAGAUGAUAUAUUUAAUAAUAUUGAUUUAGAUAUCGUGUUGCAUUUCUAUAAUUCAUUAGAAUGGGCAUUAAAAUGGUUCAGCGAAUUAAGAAAAACAGUCGACUCUUCUGUGACUGUAUUAGAUGAAAAUUCAAACGCAAAUGAUGUCAGAUUAAUGUGGUCGUUAUACGAUUGUGAUGAACUUUCACAAGUUGUUAAAACAACAAAAUUGAGACUAUCUAUGGAUGUUGAAUCUGUUAAGAAAUUUGAUUCCAUAACCGAAAAGAUAGAAAACUUAAAAUAUCGUGUUCUAACUUCUUUAAGAUUUGAUUUAAGAGCUAGGGUUAUCUUUAAUAUUGGCAAAAUGUUCAAGAAUAACUAUAAUUGGAGCCCUGAUGUCGGUAGUACAGAAUUAGAAUCUAGUAUUGGUAACCUGAUUUCCGACAUCAGAAUGCAUGAUAAUAAACUCAAGUCUAAUUUGGAUGAAAAGAUUAGAAAUCAAGUUGGUUCGGGUAUUGAUAUUGUAAUUAAUUAUGCUUUCAUCUCAGGUGCAACUUCGAUAAAAUCAAUUAAUACAAACGGUAUCAAAAAGAUCAACAGAAAUAUUACCUAUCUACAAAAUGUCUGUAGAAACGUCAUUGAGGAUUCAAAUUCUAUUAACAUGAAUGAUUCACUAAAUUUUUACACUGCAUGUGGAUUAUCUGAAUUACAAUUCUUCAAAAAACUAGAAGACAAUGAAUUGAGUUUCUGUACCAAGUAUGAUUUGAAAAAUAUCAUCAGAUUGAUCUACGGUGAUGAUGCUAUACCAGCAACUAGAAAACAAAGAGAUACUAACACGCAUGUUAGAGCUACAUCAAUGUCUGGUAACAAAAGAUACAACGAAGCAAUUCAAAAAAUCAAUACAAUGACUUCGGAUAACGAAGAAUAG